ACAGAGCGCCGGGCGCGCUGCGCCAGUCCGGGUCUGGCCGACAUCAUGAGAGCAGAGCCAGCUGAAACGAUCGCCGAGGAGCUGCCGAUGUCCUGCGAGGACUAGCCGAUCUCCGGACUCACUGGGAGAGAAAGAGCGAGGGAUAUCGUCGUGGGCUUAUACCGAUCUCAGAAACUCAACAUCGAAGCCGCGGACAGGAUGGCCGGGGGAGAAUUCAGAGGCUGGCUGCAGCGCUGCCGCGAGUCGCGGAGCCUCGUCCUGGUGAUCGUCGCCGUGGCUCUGCUCCUGGACAACAUGCUGCUCACUACUGUCGUGCCGAUCAUCCCAGAGUUCCUCUACGACAUGAAGCAUCCGAAUGCAACUUUGAGCGAGCGCCUCGAAGGUGCAGAGCACCAUCCACCUAAGCUGACCACGACAACGGUCGCGCCAACGACAUCGGGCUGCUCCUGUCCUACGAACGGUUCCAACAAUUCACCCCUGGAAUUCAUUCUAUCCACGUCCGCUACCUCGAUCGAAACGACAACGAUAAAUCAAACGGCAGCUGAAAUCCUGGAGAACAAGCAGAGGCACAAAGAUCUGACGGAGGAGACCGUUGCCGUUGGCAUGAUGUUCGCUUCCAAGGCUUUUGUUCAGUUGUUGGCCAAUCCCGUGGUCGGACCCUUAACUCACAAAAUCGGAUACAGCAUUCCUAUGUUUACCGGAUUCAUCAUUAUGUUCUUGUCCACGUUGAUUUUCGCCUUUGGUAGGAGCUAUGGGAUCCUUUUCUUGGCUCGGGCUCUUCAAGGCAUCGGCUCUUCCUGCUCCAGCGUUUCUGGUAUGGGUAUGUUAGCCGAACGUUACCAAGAUGACAAGGAACGAGGAAACGCCAUGGGUAUAGCCCUCGGUGGGUUGGCGCUCGGCGUGCUCAUUGGACCACCUUUUGGCGGUCUUAUGUACGAGUUCGUGGGAAAAUCGGCGCCUUUCCUCAUACUCUCAGCUCUUGCUCUUGGUGACGGAUUGCUGCAGUUGCUCAUGCUUCAACCGUCGGUCGUGUACACGGAAGCCGAACCGCCGAGUUUAAAAUCGCUCGUUACCGAUCCAUACAUAUUACUCGCAGCAGGCGCGAUCAGUUUCGGAAACAUGGGUAUAGCUAUGCUGGAACCAAGUCUACCACUUUGGAUGAUGGACACUAUGAGCGCGAGCAGGUGGAAGCAAGGGGCGACAUUCCUACCGGCAAGCAUUAGCUACCUCAUCGGCACGAAUCUUUUCGGACCCCUGGGACACAGAAUGGGAAGGUGGUUGGCAGCGUGUAUCGGCCUUGUCGUCAUUGGUUUUUGUUUGAUGGCUAUACCAUUGGCAAAGAGCAUCAAUCAUCUGAUCUUACCGAACGCUGGUUUAGGAUUCGCCAUCGGCAUGGUUGACAGCUCGAUGAUGCCUGAGCUCGGUUAUCUCGUCGAUAUAAGGCACAGCGCGGUUUACGGAAGCGUUUACGCGAUCGGUGACGUAGCCUUUUGCCUUGGGUUUGCUAUCGGACCUGCGUUAAGUGGAACCUUGGUGAACACUAUUGGUUUUGAAUGGAUGCUUUUUGGAAUCGCUAUUUUGAACUUCUGUUACGCGCCGUUCAUGUAUUUUUUGAAAAAUCCUCCCACAAAGGAAGAGAAGAAGUCGUUGAUCGUGGGCGAGAAGUCUCCAUCAGUACGUUACGUGACUUACGAAAACGAGGAAGAGGAUCAGUAGACGUCUGCAAAUAUUUUUUAAGUGCUUAAAUGAUUUUCAUCAGGGUGUCUGACGCCGUUAAUAUUAUUUACUGGAAACGCUAAUUACAUCAUUACUAAUUUGGCUAUAAUAUUAUCAAAGAUUAACACCAAAACUUUAGUCCAAGUAAAUUAUAGAGAAUGUCUCUUUAUUUGCAACAAUUUUAGGAAUGUCUCAAAAUAUUGUUAAUUAUGAUUUUAUAUACGUUAAUUAGAACAAGUUCCUGCAAUAAUAGCUGCAAUAAUUCAAGAAAAUAUAUAGGACGCCCUGAAAUACAAUAUUAUAGGUAGUUAAAUAAUUAAGUUUUGUUAUUGAAAAUCGUUGCGAACGACAUAGUAGAUUAUGUAUAUAAUAUUAUAAAAAUAUUCACCAGCUGUUCAAGCGUACGAAAGGAAAUCCAUAGAAAGGGUUGGUUAUGCCAAAAGUAUAAAGAAGUAAGCGCUUUGUGUGUGAAGAUUAAAUUAAAUAUUGGUUGUAUACUAUUAUCAGUAAAUUGGUAGUUACCGAGAUUGAAUUUUAAAGGAAUAAAGCAUCCUUAAAGUUUUCAGACACUUCAUAUCAUGUAUAGGUAAUACAUUUCUUUAAAGUUUUUUAUUUUAUGAAUAUAAUAUUUUAUCAAGAAUAUCAUAGUACACGGUUAUUAAUCAUUCAUGAGAUAUGCACGAUGCUGUACUUUGAAUUUGCGAUAUUUUAAAAAUUAAACGAAGUAAAAACAUAAAAGUGUAAAAUAUAAUCUCAAUUGAAAAAUACAAAAUACUCUAAUUGUCACAAGUUUAAUCGAAAUAUUAACAUUACAAAAAGUUACGAAUUAUAAAUGACUUAAUUAUAGAGUGCGUUCAACAGAUUUUACUAUAGAAGCAAGAAGCACAUGUAUACACAUGAUGCAUGUUGUGAGCUACGUGUACCAUUUAAUAGAAAAUUUAUUCCAGAACCACAAAAAAUAAAGUGGAUGACAGAGGUUUUUAGAAAAAAUCAAUUAUAUUAACGAGGAAAGAAAGUAUAAAGUAAAAAAAAGCUUCAGAAUCAAAGGUUCUAGAUCUGAGUACAAGAAAAUAUAUAAUAAAAGAAUCGCACGGCUAAGACAAUUUUACAAGAGAGCCAGUCUUUUGAAGAAAAAUUCAAAAUUUUUGUAUAUAAGAGAACCGCCCGAUUUGGAUUCCCUGAAUGGCUGCAGGGAAACCGAGCAUCUAAAGCGAUCGGGAACGCAUGAAAGGGUUCUCACUUUUGGCAUUUAGUAUUUGACUUUAUGAAGUAAAGUAAAAUUGAAACGUAACGGCCUCUCUACUAUCAACCGGAUGUGAACUAUUUGUAAAAGAAAAAACAUUCGAAAACUUCUGAUCGCAUCAAAUUCACGAAAUUGAGUGUCGCUGUUAAUGUUAGUGUCUAUAUGUUAAUCUACUUAAAAUAUAUAUGUAUUCUACGGAAAAAAUUUCGGAUAGUUGCGGUCAGAUGUUUCUCAAAGCACUAUAAUAUAUAUGCUUUAAAUUGUAAAAACUUGGACGAGAACUAAUUAUAAUUAAUAUUGCGGAACAUACUACAAAUUUACGGUGAUCAUGAGAAACUUAAUAGAGGAUUUGCAGCGGAAAACUAGAACGUUAAUUACUUUUAAUUAAAGUUUAACUUCUAAUUUAUUGAUAUACUGGUAUUUUUAUAUGAAAAGUAGAAAACUGGAAAAAUACACUGCUAUUAUAUAAUACAUGAAACUUAUUAGAAGCAAUACGCAAAGUUAUAUUGUGAAAUACUAUAUACCUAUUAUAUAAAUAAAUAUAUAUAUAUAUAUUAAUAUAUAUCGUCUAAUAGUAUUAAGAGUUAACUUAAUGCACGGUAUAAUGAGAAAUAUAAUAAUUGCAAUGAGAAAAAAAAAUGAAAAAAAAUCUUGAAAAUGCAUAUGUAUGUUAGAAUAAAUAAUUCUGUCGUGUAUUUAUGCCUAUCAGUAGAAAUGUGUCUCGAUGUUUGAAACGGGAAUAGUUUGUUGUACAAUUAUUGAGAUCCUAAGCUACUGUAGCUAUACACGUAUAGUUAUAUAAUUGAAUGUAAAAUUAACUGUAUGAGUAUAAAUUAUAGUUAAUAGAACGUGUGAUUAAUGAAGGGCUGCAUAUAAUAAUAUAAAAAUCUAUAAAAUGUACUUGUUUUGCUUUAAUUGGCUGAAUUCGAUAGUGAUCCAAAGAAUUAAAACAAAUAAUUUUGAAUUACAUUAUAAUUACGCAUUUCGAGCCAAUAGUAAAAUAUUAAGAGGUUAACGCAACAGGUUUUCACUGCAAAUUCAACGAAAAAAUAGGAGCGUUCAUUAUCGCACCUACUCCCGGAACGAAAAGUGAGUCAAUUCGAUCACCGCAAAUUUGCCGAAUGGAACCGCGUGUGAAUACAAUUUGCGCAUUGUACGAACUAUGCAGCAUACUUCGAGAUCCAUCUAUGAAAACAUUACAGAUUUAAACGACAAACUAUAUUACAGUAUGGAAAAGUAAAUACUUAUAAUAUUGCAAAAAAAAAGAAUAAUGAUAAAUCUUUAAAUAAUAUGACAAUAGAAUGCACUAUAGUGAAUUUGUAAAUAUAGCAAUAUUUCAGACUUGAAUAUAAUAAGAAUGAUAAUAACCGUAAUGAUAAAGGCAGAAUUGAAGCACUCUGAACUUAUUUUCGUUUAAUUAGCAAAGACACACUUGACCCACAUUUUAUGUAAAAUUGUUGAGAAUUUUUCGUUAUCAUCCAAAGUUAAAUUUUUGCCAUUAGUAGUAUAUUACGUAAUCUAUACAAUAUAUAAAAUAUCCGUAACUAUAAUUCAAAUUGACUCAAGGAGACUAUUGAGAUGCUUGAUAAAUCGAAUUGCCAAUGCAAUCAAACAGAUGGAAAUUCAAACGUGAAGCUGCUGGAACUUUGUGCAGCAUAUAUAAAUCACCAAAACCGGUAUACAACGAAAUCUUAGUAUUUUUCAAUAUUAUUUUAACAAAUCCAUUACCACUGCUGAAUAAUUAAAAAGUAGCGUAAAAUAAACACUUACUCGCGCUGAUGUUUGUUUCAUGAUCAGCUAAAAUUUAUCUUUUCCUAAGUUGACAGUAAAAUAAAUGGAACAUCAUAAAAACUUCUGUAUCUGUGUUCCUGCAAAUUAAAACGAAUGAGAAUGUACGAUAAUUGAUAAGCUUUACUUUUAUUCAGAAUUUGUAUGUUUAAAGCGAUCUGUACUUGCACAGUAAUGAAUCAGAGGGAAUUCUUUUCCAAUGUAAUGUUCCACUAGUGUAUUGCGCAUGUUUUACUAUAAUGUUUUAUUUCAAAUCUGUAUAAUCGAUGUAAUAUGAUUUGAAAGAAAUUAGUGACUCGAUGAGGGCUGCUUUUGUGAACAGACAAUAAGCAAUGAAUCGCAGAAAUCCCCGGUUACCUUUAAACAAACAAGGCUUACCAAUGUAUUGUAUGAAAAAAAAAUAAUAAAUAAUUAUUCGCAUAUAUUGAUAAAAUAUAAAAAACAAAAGCCGCCGUGAAGCCACUUUUGGGUUUCGAUAAUAAGAUUUUUCGCGUUUCAUAUGUAUAGAAAUAAAUACAGUGCAAAACGUAUCUAUGCUAAGUUAACAAAAGAAUCCUGAUUCCUAAUAGGAACAAAUUAUGUUAAAUUAAUGUAAAUUAAAACAAGUUUCUGAAAAACAAUUUGUGCACCGGUGGAAUAAUGUCAAAAAAAAUGGAAAAUGUUGAUAAAUUAUUAAUGAAUGAUCUUGAGUAUCAUUACUGUAGAAUAUUUUUGUCAUUAUUGAGUUAAUUUUUCGAUGACCAUAUAAUUAUUAUGUACAAAAAUUCACUAUUAAGACAUUGUAUCGUAUUAUACAUCUUAGUAUCAGCUGGUAUAUGGGUCCGAUUGAACACACUACGUAAACAAUGAUAAUGAAACCAUAGGUGCGUUUCAAAGAAAAUUGACUAUAAUAAAAUCAUGUAAAGUCUUAUAUGAGCGUGUAUUGCUUUUACGCUUUCUUUAUUGCCAAGUACACUUUUGUAUGCUAAAUAUAAUAAGUGCUUAUAAUGCAUACAACGUCAACAAUGUAAAUUUUGAAUUAAUUACUGCUUGAAGUUUUGUAAGAAAAAAUUACAUCAUCCAUUGGUUUGGUUUUAAGCUAUUUCAUUGAUGGGUUCUUGUAUGUUUUAGUUUAAUAAUAAUCCAAGUUAAGAGGAUAGUAAUAGUUAAUGACAAAUUAGAAAUUGUAAACGCUUGAGAAAACUUAAAACCAAUCUUUACAUAAAAAUAAUAUUCGGUCAGCUUACCAUACAAGAACUUCAAUUAAUUAAUGUAUCUGUAGUGAGGAAUUAAUGUGUGUAUACAAAAAAUGUUCUGAAAAAAUAAAUUCAAAUUCAAAUUAAGUGCCACACUGUUGUAUUUUUUAUUUUAAUUUAAGCAAAUUCAUGAAUAAACAUGUAAUACCUACAGUUUAUACAUGUGGUAUUUAUUAUGAAUCCUGACAUAUAUUAAAAUCUUUACACUAGUGCGUACUUGAUUUGUCAUUUCUCAUUAACUCCAUGAUACUUGGCAAUUUUGGCAACAUUUUUUUUUAUUUUUCACGUUUUUUUUUUUUUUUUCAAGUAUUAAAACAGUAAGUUUGAGACUUUGAUCAAUGAAUAAUUUUUCUUAUUUAUUAUCAAUGAUUAGUGACAACUUAGCUUACUUAAAUAGUAACAACUAUAUGUAUGUUAUCUUCUUAGAAUAACUUAAAGCUUUGCUUAUAUUUUUUAAAUACGUUGUCCCCCAAAUAUUAUAAUAUUAUGUUUUUGCAUUAGGUUAUACAUACAUAUGCAUAUAAAAAAGUAUAAACUUGUGUCACUGCCUAUUUGUUGUGUACACAUGAAAUAAUAUAAAAACAUUUGUUUGCAAAUAAUAACUAAUGUAAUAAAUUUGUUUGUAGAAGUAUAACAUUUAUUAUUUAAUGUCUCAUCAAUAUAUAAAACAACUUCUUUUUUUCAAACUCUGUUAAUGCUCUAAUGACUAUCUAUAUCUAUAAUUACAAUUAUAUAUUACUUACAUUGUAGUAUUUAACUGUUUCGUUAAGUUAUCAGUUAUUUCUACAACUGUCUUUAAUGGAAAUAAAUAUUUGAAUUAUAUAAUUAUAAUUGUUGCUGCAAAUAGCAUACAAGCAUAAGAGUGACAGCAGAUUUGGAACCUGAGUUAAGCAAUUUAACCAUAACAUUGUUCCAAGGCAAUAAUUAAUAUCAUGCUUCACUACAUAAUUAUCAAUUUCAUUUGAAGUUGAGUCCACAUUGACGUUCAACACUGUUUAGUAGGAAUCAGUAAUUUAAUUUCGUGCGUUAAUAUUUAUGUACAAACACGCAUGGUUAUAUCUCAUUUUAUCAGUAAAACGCACUUAUUUAGUACAAAAUUGCUAUUUCACUAUAUCAUUAUACAUUCAUAGGAUACUCCGUACCUGCUAUUUUCCUCUCAGACAUCUUUAUUGAAAAGUCUUAUAAGUCAUAUGAUAAAUUUUAUAAUUCUAGCAACUACUACCUGUUUUUAAGGCUGAAUCGUAUUAAUAAACAAUUUUGUUUGCUCUAUUAUUAUUAAAGUAAAAUUUAAGUUUUCCCUGUAGAGGAAAUAUAUUUGAAAAAUAGGACAAAAUUUUUAAGUUAACGAUCUUAAAGAGAUUUUAACCUUGCGAAAAUAGAUAUAGACAGAAAAAAAAA